AUUUGAAGGCAAAGUCCAAAAUAUCAUCGUAGUUAGCCUAUAACUUUUAAAGACUGUCAGGUUCAAUUAAUGCUGCUGUACCUUUAAACUCUGGAAUCAAACCAGCCAAGUGAGAACAAGCAGUGUGAGGUCCAGCCCUUCAGAGCAGCUUCAGAGGCUUCAUUCAGAGUUCCUGCACAGGGACAAGCGGUGCUGACAGUACUCUGGCAAGACUCCUCUCCUCCCGGCAACAUGGUAACACACAUGGUCCCCUUUCUCCUGCUUGUCCUCAUCCUGGCAAGCUCAACCCUUGCACGUCGAAAGCUCCUGUUGUUCUUGAUUGAUGGGCUUCGCCAUGAUUACAUCAGCGAUGAAGCACUAGAAUCCUUGCCUGGCUUCAAAGAAAUUGUGAACAGUGGAGUGAAAGUGGAUUACCUGACACCAGACUUUCCCAGUCUUUCCUAUCCAAACUAUUACACACUGAUGACGGGCCGCCACUGCGAUGUCCAUCAAAUGACUGGAAACUACAUGUGGGACCCAAAUACAAAUAUAUCUUUUGAUAUUGGUGUGAAUCCAGAGAGUCUGUUGCCACUUUGGUGGAAUGGAUCAGAGCCAUUGUGGGUCACUAUGAUGAAAGCAAAGAGGAAAGUCUUUAUGUACUAUUGGCCUGGUUGUGAAGUUGAAAUCCUUGGAAUCAGACCUACCUACUGUCUACCGUAUUAUAGUGUUCCAACAGAUACUAAUUUCUCCAAUGCUGUAAAUAGCGCUGUUGAAUUUUUGAGAGGUGGCACAGCAGAUAUGGCAGCGGUGUAUUAUGAGCGGAUUGAUGUAGAAGGUCAUCACUACGGCCCUUCAUCUAUUCAGAGGAAGAAUGCAUUAACAGCAGUGGAUAAUGUGUUGCAAAGUAUGACUAAGCUUAUCAAGGACAAGGGCCUGCAGAAUGACCUGAAUGUCAUUCUUUUCUCGGAUCAUGGUAUGACUGACAUUUACUGGAUGGAAAAAGUGAUUGAGCUGGGAAAGUGUAUCAACAUGAGCGAUGUUAUACAAGUAAAGGACCGAGGCCCUGUUGUAAGCCUGUGGCCAGCCAAGGAAAAGCAGCUUGAGGUAUAUAAUAAACUGAAAGAUGUGCCACAUAUGACAGUUUACAGAAAAGAAGAUAUCCCUGCUCGAUUCUAUUACAGAAAAGGGAAAUUUGUGUCGCCUUUGACACUUGUUGCUGAAGAGGGAUGGUUCAUAGUGGAGAGCAAAGAAACACUUCCAUUUUGGGAAAAUGGAACUGGAAAAAGAGAAGCCUGGCAGAACGGAUGGCACGGCUAUGAUAAUGAACUGAUGGAUAUGAGAGGAUUCUUCCUUGCGUAUGGGCCAGAUUUCAAGCCUAACUUCAGAGCAGCACCAAUCAGAUCGGUUGAUGUUUAUAAUGUUAUGUGCAAAGUUGCAGGAAUACAACCACUGCCAAACAAUGGAUCCUGGUCGAGGGUGGAGUGUAUGUUAAAAAAUAGUACCAAUUUGGCACAGUCAUUCCAGUGGAGCAGCUCUGUGCUGGCACUAAUUCUGUUUGUUAUGUUUGUAUAACAGAUCUUGUUACUCUGGUCCCAAUACAAUAUCAGUCAGUGUAUUCAGUUUUUUUCAUUCAUCAUUUGAAUAGCAGCAUUAACAGAAUGCUGUCUGGGGAAUAUUAUACAUAUGCAUUUCUAAAAAAUCAAGCC